CUGGUCAUCACUCAUCGCCAUCAGAGAACCACCGCUUGACCACACCAUCCUCCUCCUCGCAAGGAGGAGCACCAUCGAUGGUAUAGAGUCGAGCGAACUAUUGUCCCCUCUCCAUCGACUUCCAUUCUCUCUAUCUCAUGGCAUCCGAUCCAAAGAGUUCCUGGAGCGAGGAGGAGAACAAGUCGUUCGAGCUGGCGCUGGCGUUGUACGACGAGGAAACGCCUGAACGCUGGCACAAUGUGGCCCGGGCCGUCGGCCGCGGGAGGUCUGCCGAGGAAGUGAAGCGCCAUUACGAGCUGCUCGUCAAGGACAUCCACCUUAUCGACUCAACCAAGGAGCCCAUAUUCCAUUACCCACCGACGAGGAGCCAAGGUUAA